CGGUGGCCCGCAUUGCCAACUUGCGGUGUGACAUAUUACGGAAGUUCAACGCUCCAAGUCUUGCUGGAGAGUACAUUGGGUGGCUCAACUGUUCAAGGGGGGUUGCAGCAAGGCCCGUGCUGUCCGCAUUCGCCGGUCAUGGCUUGGUGCAAAAUGGUGCGAACUGCAGGAUUUCACUGCAGCAACCUAUCGCUACGAGGGAUUGAUCUCCAAAUCUCACGGUCUUCAAUUUCUGAUAGGAAUGUGAUGAUUCAGUCCAGCCAUCCGUCGAUAAAGCCAAGCACACUUUGUACACGGCACUGCUGCUAUGGCAAGGAGAGCACUUGUACUCCUGGAGCUUCUUCCAUAUCUUUCCGGUGCACUGGCAAGGCGAGCACACCACGACGAUGGGAUUUGGUUUCUCCUUUCAAAGGUUCUCCUUUGUCGUGUCCUUCUAGCAGGCAUUUCAGCAGCAAUGGUAAUGAUGGGUCGGUAACAGCUGUGUUAGCGGCGAUGGAAAACUCGCGUCCGUGCAACGACAUGCGACACAUGACAGCAGAUGCCCUCUGCAGCAACCUGAAAGCUCUGUCAUCCAGGCGUCAGUCUAUUCGGAAGGUGGUGAUGUCUCCGGCAACAGGUUUGACCUUGGGGAAGGCUGCCCUGGAAGCCAGUGAACUACCAGCCGCGGGUUCUGCAGGCUCUGAAUUGGGAGAGGAUGUCAUAGGUAGGAGUUGGAGUGGUACUAGUGGGAGUGGUUAUACAAAAGAGAGCCUGUACUUCAGUGUCGGGUCGCUGACGGGCCAAAGCGAGGAUAGAGGAAUGGGGGGAGGGCAGCUGGGGGACCUUAUUGACAACGGUCGUGUUUACACUGAGACACUUCCCAUCAGAUGCUAUGAGGUGGGGGCUAAUCGAACGGCGAGGAUAGAUACAAUUGCCAAUCUUUUGCAAGAGGUGGGCGUGAAUCAUAUGCGCUUCCUGGGUUUCUCCGAAGAUGGGUUUGGGACAACCCCUGGAAUGAGGGAGAAGGGUCUUAUAUGGGUGACAACGAGGCUUCAUGUUGAGAUGCUGCGGUACCCUGCGUGGGGUGAUGUCGUUGAGAUCCAGUCCUGGCUGCAGGAUGGGGGCAAGGUGAAUGCCCGGAGGGACUGGGUCAUCUCUGAUGCAAGGACGGGCCGAUUGGUUGGGCAGGCCACGAGUGCCUGGGUGAUGAUGAACCAGGACACCCGUCAGCUCGUCCGGAUCCCGGCGAAUAUCAAGGCCGAGUACCUACACCACUGCUAUCCACACAGACAUGCCAUAAAUGACAAGAGCAGGAGUCGGAAGAAGAUAGAACGGCUGGACGACCCGCCGGAGUUCGCAAGGAGCGGGUUGCAGGUGCGGCGAAGCGACCUCGAUAUGAACCGACAUGUCAACAACGUGACGUAUGUUGGGUGGAUUAUGGAGAGCAUUCCCCUCGAGGUGCUUAACAACUUUGAGCUCCUCAGUCUCACGCUAGACUACCGGGGCGAGUCGUCUGGCCAUGAUGUGGUCGAGUCACUUACAAGUCUGGGAUCCGCUAGUUUGGAUCCUUCUUCAACAGAGAAUGACUCGGAUGUGAGGGGCAGUCGUCAGUUCUGCUCAUUAUCGUCAUCGUCAUCGUCAUCGUCAUCGUCAUCGUCAUCGUCAUCGGCAUCGGCAUCGGCAUCGGCAUCGGCAUCGUCAUCGUCAUCAUCAUCGCCAUCGUCAUCGUCAUCGUCAUCGCCAUCGUCAUCGCCAUCAUCAUCGUCAUCGGGCGAGUCGUCUGGCAAUGAUGUGGUCGAGUCACUUACAAGUCUGGGAUCGGCUAGCUUAGAUCCUCCUUCAACAGAGAAUGACUUGGAUGUGCGGGGCAGUCAUCAAUUCUGCUCAUUCUCGUCAUCGUCAUCGUCAUCGUCGUCAUCGUCAUCGUCAUCGUCAUCGUCAUUGUCAUCCUUCAGCAAUGGCAAUUGCAAUGGCGAUUCCAAAUCGGCCUGUGGAAAUCGUCUGAGGUGGGGAGUAACUACUGAUGGAGCAGCCUCAUUAGGAAACACUGCCCGGACCGAGGGACAAGGUGGUCAUCCUGAUGGGCCAGGUUCAUUCACUUUUCUGUUGGUGGAUGGAUUCCGAAAUGAUCAUGAACAUGGUAAGCCUACUAAUCCUCAAUUGUCCGCGAAUGGGAUGAAUGCGAUGAAUUUCGAACUGAAUAACCAAGUCGAACGCGAGAAGAGUUCUGCCUGUACAAAGGGGCAAGUCAGAGCUGCACUGCAUUUUGUUCAUCUGCUAAGGUUGCAGGAUGGCAAAAAAGAACUCAUCCGGGGAUCAACAACAUGGCAACAGUGCGGAUAAGGAAGAUGACAGUGCGUGUGGCUUGACCAGCAAGUGAAGUGAGCAUGGAGGUCAUCCAUGGAGGAUCAUAGGUGGACAGCAAUAAGUUCAUAAUAUGUGAAUAAACGUACGUUAUGGCG